AUCCGUACAGACGGCAUGGAGGUGAAGUGCAGGGGACAUACGUCUAUACCACCCAGGAUGGACAGGGGGACCUCCCUGACCCAGGCCUCGUCAUGACCGGCACCAAGUGUGGAGAGGGGCAGGUGUGCAGGGACCGCCGGUGUCAAAACGCCUCUUUCACCGAGCUGGAGAGCUGCAUCGCUCGCUGCCAUGGCCAUGGGGUGUGCAACAGCAAUGCCAACUGUCACUGUAACCGAGGGUGGGCACCUCCCUUCUGUGAGAAGCUUGGUCUGGGAGGCAGUGUGGACAGUGGGCCUGUCCAGUACCACAGUCAGCUGGGCUUGGUGUUAGGUCUUCUGUUUGUCUUCCUGCGUUCUCCUACCUGGGAUCCUCAUCACCUUCUACUGCUAUAAGAUCAAGAGCUCCUGCUACCACAAGUGGCUCUCCCAGAGAGAACAAGAACAACAAGGCUAACAGACUUUGAAGGCUCCAUGGCGAAGGGUAAGAAUGGACACCUCAACCCGGCGUUUCAUCUGAAGGUGGUGGGGCGCGAACAAAGGAAACAGUCAC